GGAUCUGUCUAUUAUGAUUCUGUUCUACAGUUGACAUUUCAUAACAGUUUGCACACGUUUCUUAAACAGAACAAGGAAACAGAAGCAGGAAACGCCUCAGUUUGGAAAAAAACGAAAGUUAAGCCGUUGUACACGUCUCUCUACACACCAAAAUGGCAGACGCCAGUAUUUCAUGGUCUCGGGAAGAAUUUAACUGUUCAAUUUGUCUGGAUCUACUGAAGAAUCCAGUGACAAUUCCCUGUGGACACAGUUAUUGUAUGAGCUGUAUUACAGACUGCUGGGAUCAGGAUGAUCAGAAGAGAGCCUACAGCUGUCCUCAGUGCAGACAGACCUUCACUCCAAGACCUGUUUUAGGUAAAAACACCAUGCUGGCUGAAGUGGUGGAGAAACUCAAGCAGACAAAACUACAAGCUGCUCGUCCUGCUCAAUGUUACAUUGAAUCUGUGGAGUGUGACAUCUGUACUGGGGACAAAAACAAAGCCAUCAAGUCCUGUCUGGUGUGUCUGAACUCUUACUGUCAAAAUCAUCUGGAACAACAUGAGAGUUUCUUCAAAAAUAAAAAACACAAUCUAAUGGAUGCCACUGGACGACUGCAGGAGAUGAUCUGCCCUAAACAUGAGAAACUGCUGGAGAUUUUCUGUCGUACUGAUCAGAACUGUAUAUGUUAUCUGUGUACAAUGGAUGAACACAAAAACCACGACACUGUAUCAGCUGCAGCAGAGAGGACUGAGAAACAGAGAAAAUUGGGUGAGAUGCAGAGAAAAUUCCAGCAGAGAAUCCAGGAGAGACAGAAGGAGCUUGAGGAUCUGAGAGAGGCUGUGGAGUCUCACAAGCGCUCUGCACAGGCAGCAGUGGAGGACAGUGAGAGGAUCUUUACUGAGCUGAUCCGCUCCAUUGAGAGAAGCCGCUCUGAGGUGACACAGCUGAUCAGAGACCAGGAAAAGGCUGCAUUGAGUCGAGUUGAAGGACGACUGGAGCAACUGGAGCAGGAGAUUGAUGAUCUGAGGAGGAGAGAUGCUGAACUGGAGCAGUUUUCACACAUAGACCAUCAUAUCCAUUUCCUCCAGAGUUUCCAGUCUCCCUCUUUCCCUCCUGGAUCUACAGACUCAUCCAGCAUCACUGUCAGUUCUCUUCUCUCUUUUGAUGAUGUUGGUAAAUCUGUGUCUCAUCUGAGAGAGAAACUGGAGCAUUUCUGCAGAGAGGAGAUAGAAAAGAUAUCUGACGGAGUAACAUACACUGUGAUCAUUCCUACCUCUGAACCCAAGACCAGGGAGGAUUUCCUUCAAUAUUCUCAUCAACUCACUCCGGAUUUAAACACAGUGAAUAAAAAGCUCCAUCUGUCUGAAAGGAACAGAGUGAUUAAAUACACUCGUAAAGAACAGCGGUAUCCUGAUCAUCCAGACAGAUUCGAUUAUCUGGAUCAAUUGUUGUGUAGAGAGAGUGUGUGUGGACGCUGUUACUGGGAGGUUGAGAUUAGUGGUCAAGUGGAUAUAGCAGUGUCCUAUAAGAGCAUCAGAAGGAAGGGAUGGGGAAGGAAGUGUAGAUUUGGAUUUAAUGAUCAGUCCUGGAGUUUGUCCUGCUCUGAAUCUGGUUUUUCAUUCUGGCAUAAGAGCAAACAGACUGAACUCCCAGUAGUCUUCAGCUCCUGUAGAAUAGGAGUGUAUGUGGAUCACAGUGCAGGAACUCUGUCCUUCUACAGCGUCUCUGACACAAUGACCCUCAUUCACAGAGCCCACACCACAUUCACUCAACCUCUCUAUCCUGGCUUUGAAUUCAGCUCAGAAUGCAAUAAAGGAUCAAAAUUUAAACUGUGUGAAUUAUAAAUACAGUUAUUUUACAAAUAAAAUUAGCUUAUUGUAAAUUUGAGCUCCAUGACAAAUCAGCACCUGUGAGACAUUGAAGUCUUUUAUUUUCUAGUCAAUAAAUCAAUACUGCUCUUUUCUGAAAUUCUGAAAGUAACAACAUAAAUAAUAUUUCACUGUAUUAUGCACAGGAUUAAUACAAUUUCUGAGUCACAUUCAACAGCCUGCAUAAAUUGUUUUAUGAAAUCACUUGGACUAAGCUGAAUGGAAUUAUACCCAGCUGCAUCCCACUGUUUUUAGGCUUCACAUAUGCGUAUAAUUGUACUGUAUGUGUUUUAUUUCAGUCAAAUGUAAAGGUAGGAAAAACAUACAAUUACUUUCUUUCAUAUUUGUUAUAUCAAGUAGUUUGGUUUUAAUUUGUUGACCUAGACAUUUUCUGUAAGUUUUGCAACAGAACGCUUUGAAAUAUACCUAUACUCUAAUCCAUAGUUAACAAGCAAAUCAUAGCUAGUCUCCUUUGUUUACCAAUAUCAAUAAGUUAAAAAAAUGCAUGAACUAGUAAUACUACACCAAGUAAUACAGUAAAUAACUACAUUGUUUAUUUCUACAGCAAAGAAUUUUUACUUGAUCAGCUUUAAUAGGAGUGACAGAAUCUCCCUGUAUUUUGUGUAUUUUCACAUUGUGAGUGUGUGUUUCUCCUGAUGUAUUCUGUUUUACCACAGGAAACACUCUGUAACUCAAUAAAUAUCACUGCCAGGGCAA